UUUGUAAGCAGUUGGCUCAUCUACGUUGUAGCUUGUACAUGUCCAAAUCACACCAUCUUUGGAGGGGAAAGAAAAGGAAAGAAGCGAAAGUGAUUUGGAAACAAACCAUUUUCAUUUGGUGUUUAAAUUAUGGUCCUAAAACUUGUAUAUUCUUGGCCUAAAAUGGCGUUAGUGGCCAAAUUUUGCCACCUACUUAAUCAGUGUGAGAUUAGAUAAGAGUGGUGAAGGGUGUGAACUGUGAAGGGGUCUCGUUUUCUGGCCAUGGCUGCUCGCAGAGGAAUCUCUUCUUUACUCUCUCGCUCUCUCUCUUCUUCUUCUGGUUAUGGGUUUUCUUCUCUUCUUCUUUCUCAAGGAAGGGUUUCAAGCUUCCAUGGAAGAGGAAACAGAUUCAGCACAUCUGCUGUGGCAGAGGAGGAGCUUGUCACUCCUCCUGUUCAGAUAAGUUACACUCAACAUCUGAUUAAUGGGCAGUUUGUGGAUGCUGCUUCAGGGAAAACGUUUCCUACCUACGACCCCCGGACCGGGGAAGUGAUUGCUCAUGUUGCCGAGGGCGAUGCCGAGGAUAUCAACCGCGCUGUAGUGGCAGCUCGCAAGGCUUUUGACGAGGGGCCAUGGCCGAGAAUGAGUGCUUAUGAACGAUCGAGGAUAUUACUGCGGUUUGCGGAUUUGGUUGAGAAACAUAGCCUUGAACUUGCAGCAUUGGAGACAUGGAACAAUGGGAAACCUUACGAACAAUCGGCCAAAUCUGAAUUACCGACAGUUGUUCGCCUGUUUCACUAUUACGCCGGCUGGGCAGACAAAAUCCAUGGCUUGACAGUUCCAGCAGAUGGGCAACAUCAUGUGCAAAUAUUACAUGAACCAAUUGGAGUUGCAGGACAGAUAAUUCCAUGGAACUUUCCUCUCCUUAUGUUUGCUUGGAAAGUUGGUCCUGCUCUAGCCUGUGGCAACGCCAUUGUCCUGAAGACUGCAGAGCAAACACCUCUGACUGCCCUUUAUGUGGCAAAGCUAUUCCACGAGGCUGGUCUUCCUCCAGGGGUUCUGAAUGUUGUUUCAGGCUAUGGUCCGACGGCCGGUGCUGCCCUUGCUAGCCAUAUGGAUGUAGACAAGCUAGCUUUCACAGGAUCCACAGACACAGGAAAAAUUGUGCUUGAAUUGGCGGCGAAAAGCAAUCUUAAGCCAGUAACGCUAGAACUUGGAGGGAAAUCACCUUUCAUCGUUUGUGAGGAUGCAGAUGUCGACAAGGCUGUGGAGCUUGCUCAUUUUGCUCUUUUUUACAAUCAGGGGCAAUGUUGCUGUGCUGGGUCUCGUACUUACGUGCACGAGCGUGUAUAUGACGAAUUUGUCGAGAAAUCAAAGGCACGUGCUCAAAGGCGCAUAGUUGGCGACCCUUUCAAGAAGGGUGUUGAACAGGGUCCUCAGAUUGACUCGGAGCAAUUUGAAAAAGUUCUAAGAUACAUAAAAUGUGGCGUUGAAAGUAAUGCUAGUCUGGAAUGUGGAGGUGAUAGACUUGGCUCUAAGGGAUACUUCAUCCAGCCAACAGUUUUCUCAAAUGUUAAGGACGAUAUGUUAAUAGCAAAGGAUGAAAUCUUUGGCCCUGUACAAUCCAUCUUGAAAUUCAAGGACAUCCAUGAAGUAAUUCAAAGGGCAAACUCAAGUCGCUUCGGUCUAGCUGCGGGAGUUUUCACUAAGAACAUAGACACGGCCAACACCCUAACCCGAGCGUUGAAAGCUGGAACUGUGUGGGUCAAUUGCUUCGACAUCUUCGACGCUGCAAUACCGUUUGGCGGGUAUAAGAUGAGCGGAAUAGGGAGGGAGAAGGGAGUUUACAGCCUUCAAAACUAUUUGCAGGUGAAGGCUGUUGUUACUCCUCUGAAGAACCCAGCAUGGUUGUGAAUCUAAGCAAUGAUCUUUUAUUUUCAGUUUGUUUAUUUACACAAAAGAAAAACUGAAAAAGCAACUUUUCUAUCUCAAGAAUAAAGAACAGGGCUUGCUUUGCUUCUGUUUUUGUGCUCAAUUUGAACCUAAUAAUAUCUACUUCUUAAUCUGA